AUGCACGGGGCCACUGGAGCAGUUUCUUUCUUCAACAAACCGGCUCGAAACCUACUACACGAGCGAGUCGGACGAGCCCUCCUGGUCAACACGGUCCACCGAUCACUUCGCCGCGGAGUAUCCAGACUACCGAGCACCCAUGCGAUGUGGAACGACCUUUUCGCCAGAUUCCACUUGGUCAGUCGGGCGGCCCAGCUGAACCUGUUCAGACGGCUCAUCUCGUUCAACGUCGUGGACCACUCUACGACCGCACAAAUGUCGACGCACAUUGCCAACAUUCUAGAUGAAAUGACUGACGCCAGAAUGCUCUUCACCCGCGAAUAUUUGGCCGGACUCGUAUUGCAAAACGGUCUCCACUCCGAACCUGCACUUCAAGAGGAGUUCAACCGCCAGAUCGAGAUCAACUUUCAAACGGCGACACCUGAACGCCCGGCCAUGAGUUUUGAGUCAAUGGUCCGAUUGAUCGACAUUAUCAGGCGCCAACAGCAAUUUCAGUCCAUCAACCGAGACAGCCAACGCCCCACGCCCCUAGUCAUGCAAGCAGAGGCCCAACAACCCGAGCAACCUUUCCCCGACGCCCAGACUGAGCUUCCCCAGUUCCCGGCUCACCCAGACAACCAACCAGAUGCGCAUGAUUUUAUGGCCAUGCAGGCCGGGUUGUGCUGGCAAUGUAGAUCACACAAACAUUUCCUCCGCAACUGCCCGUUUUGUGCACGCCCCAUGUCGACUAGAAACUGUUUCCGGACCCAACCACAACAACAAGGCUCCCAGGCACAACAUGGCCCUGGGUUUCAGUCCUUCUAUCCCAUUGUCACACCACCUGGCUCCGGAGCAGUCUACCCUCAACCUCAACCAACGCCUCGCCAACCACACGGUCUCAGCAACAACAUUCCACCUCCGACAAAUCCCACCCCACCCAGACCAGCUGACUACUACUGCCCACCGCAGUACCGGCUCCAGCGUGUCAGCUGUCGACCUCACGUAGAGAUCAAUCUGGACAAAAUCGGUAGUAGUAAUAAAAUAUAUUACUAUAAGACUAGAUACAAAGAGAUAGGGGAAAAGAGAAGAGAAGAGAAUAAGAGAUAG